ACAGCCCAUAUGUGUGGAAUUUCAAAAAAGCUGUAAACCUCUUGCUCUGAAGAAGAUUGAAACGGGGGCAAGAGAUUAACGAAAAUGGAGACGAUGAUGAGAUUCUGUGGUUCUUCUCCACUCUUCUCGAAACUUCCAUCGCUUUCCUUCCGAUCGUCGAUUUGGGUGCCUAAGCCCAACCGGAAUUAUACUUUCCCGGAAACCUGCCGCCGGCGGACCCCAAUCUUCGUCGGAGGAGGAAACCCUAAGUUUUCUACCAUUUCAGCUUCCAAUGAUCGCAGCGGAAAUCUCGAAGAUUCCUCGGUUCAGAGAGGGGAAUCGUUCUUCAGGACAGUCUUGGCGAGUAUGGAGACAGUCUAUCUGAACAGGAACCCCACAGCCAAAGCUAUUUUAGACCUCGUCGGGAAAUCCGCCGGCGGUGAACGGAUUUGCUACGAUCAUUUUGCGUUUAGGACAUUUGGGGUCCAUGGCCAUGGAAUCGAGUCUAUGGCGAAGAUCUUCCUCGAUUUCGGCUAUGUCCGAAGAGAAGAGCUGCGAUUUCCGGCGAAGAAGCUGAGGGCUUUCUGGUACUCUCCUCCGAGCACUGGUUCAGUUUCCGGCGACGGCGUAAACGGACCGCUGCCGCGGAUAUUCAUUUCAGAACUUCUUGUCGAUCAUCUGUCUCCUCAAGCUCAGAGUAUAAUCAAGAAAUACACUCAAAUGUCGGGAAAAGGAAGUAUGCAUGCCGCAUUGGCCAGUGCAUUAGGAUGCUUGACAUGGGAGACACCAUCGUACCCGGAAUUCGAAACCUUGGCGAGGGAGAGCGAAUACGCAGCGUGGACUCUCGUCAACGGAUACGCACUGAAUCACGUCACCAUAUCCGCUCACCGGCUCAAAUCAUCGCUACGUAACAUUCAAUCCCUCAACGAGUUCAUCGAGGAGAAUGGAUUCAAGUUGAACUCCGAAGGCAGCGUCUUAAAGGUGAGUCCCGACGGAUUGUUGCUGCAAAGUUCGACAGUUGCGGAUUCAUCUUCCUUCCGGUUCGCUGAUGGGGUCGCGGAAUCCAUCCCUCGAUGCUACAUCGAGUUUGCCGAGCGCCUCGUACUUCCUCAGUUCAGACAUUUACCGGAAAAUGAGGUUGAGGAGUUCCAUAGGCGCGACGGAUUUGAGGUCGGAAAUGCCGAUAAGAUAUUCGAGAGCACUUCUAAAGAUCAACUCAGCAGGAAUGUUGCUUGAUGCAUCGUUGAAGAUGAUCGUCGAUGUCGAAAAAUUGCCAUUGAUUCGGUAUACUGUUUACAGUUCUGCAAUCUUAUACUGAUAAAUAAACAAACUGAUAAACCGUAGAUCCAUUUCUAGCUACUAAAAAUCAUUACUACGUAGUUUUCAAGAAAAAUAUUACAUAGUUUCUUGGACAACCACCUUACACGGGGUUUUCGAAGGAAGCCGACGGGUCGGGUCGCCGGAGACCUACCCGUCUUCUAGAACACUUGCGACGAUCGAAAAUGCAAUUCAGAAUUUGCUAAAACUAUGUUACAGGGGGAGGAUUACCACAUGUAAAUGUUCACUCAAAUCAGUCUCUCUGUAUGCACCAAAUUUUUACGUGUGGGACAACAGAAGCAUUCGUCGUAUUUCCAUUUCACGGAGAUGAA